AUGGCAACUAAAUUUCUUAAUCUUAUAAAGAACCAAAUUUUUUCUCAGUAUGCAAGCUAUCUGACAGAACAAUGUAUUCAGCAGGAAGGAAGAAAGCUUGACCUAUCCCGGCUAAAACUGAAAGAGCUCCCAGCUGAGUUGACUUUGGCAUUUGCAUUUCUUUCCAAGCUGUCUCUGGAGGGCAAUUUUCUACGCUUCGAAUCGAUCAUCGUGCUACACUCGUUAAAAUUUCUACGCUACCUAGCGCUCAACAACAACCAACUUGCACUAUUCCCGGAAGAACUGUGUGAACUCAAGUAUGUCGAAUUUCUCAACCUAAGUGACAAUCCGAUAGAGUGCCUGCCGGAAGCGAUAGGGAAAUUGAAAAAUGUAACCACUCUCUGGUGUAAUGACAUGAUGCUGAGCCAGCUGCCCUCAACGUUCGGCUCGUUGCGGAAGUUGAAAACUUUUGGCGCUCGGAACAACCAGCUGGCCGCUCUACCGGAAUCCUUCGGUAUGCUUCGACGGCUGAAGUGGCUUUCAUUGGAGGGAAAUCAUAUCAGCGCGAUGCCUGAAUCAUUUGAGUGGCUUCGAAACUUGUCCCAUCUCAACUUGAAAGGAAACAGUUUCAUCGAGUUUCCGGUCGAGCUUUUUCAGAUGAGACGCUUAAAGUUUUGUUCUUUGGCAAACAAUUCAAUAUCAGCCCUCUCGGAGGUGACACUCGAAGGGGUCCGUUUCAUCGACACACUGGAGUUGAGCGGCAAUCCGGCCAACGUUAGUGUUUAUGGAAAUUUUGAAAAUAUACAAGCUAAAGUAUUGCGGUUGCAGUUUGACCUAAUGGAUGAAACGGUUGAAGAGGAAUGGAAGCACAGCUUGCCGAACAGUGAACUGAACUCCCCCGAUACAAGCGGCGAUGAGACGGACAUGGAACCAUAUGAUUACGAACUACCAAAAUUGGCGAGAUACUGCUGUGCUGUGUGAUAAGUUAGACUGUACGACAGAGGUGAU